CGUGUUUGGUGGUGGGUGGGACAAAUACAAAGGCAAGCAGGUCAAGAGGAGGAGAAACCACGUGUGACAGCCUGGCUGAGAAUUGUCCUUUGCAAGUAAAGUUGUUUUUGUAAUAUCUUUGCAUGUAACCAGGCAGCCAUUCCGUCUGACGGAGAAGGCCAUACAACAAACCCGCAUCACAGCCCUCAGCAACGGACAUCUGUUGCUUAACUCCGACACCAAAAAAGUCUUCUGGGAAACGAAUCAUGGUUAGCAAGACGGAUGACAUCCCAGCAUCAGUUCCGAACUGCAACCCCGUACAUCUUGCCCGGGAAGGCGAGAUAGCAAACAGCAAAGACACCAGCAAGACAGCCUUGACGGAUCCAUGUGCCUGCGGGCACCGUGGUGACAGCGCAGUGAUGAAUGGAAUAGCCGGUCAUGAUCAGGCUGAGGAGGCCGACUCCAAGCAGGACGGCAGUGCCGACGCAGAGGAUGCUAACGAACAGGAAGUGAUUGUAAUUCAAGACACUGGCUUCACUGUGAAGAUCCAAGCACCAGGAACGGAACCCUUUGACCUUCAGGUGUCACCACAAGAGAUGGUGCAAGAGAUCCACCAAGUUCUGAUGGACCGCGAGGACACCUGCCACCGCACCUGCUUCUCCUUGCAGCUCGACGGCAAUGUACUCGACAACUUUGCCGAGCUCAAGUCCAUUGAAGGCCUGCAGGAAGGCUCCCUUCUUAAAGUGGUCGAAGAACCCUACACAGUACGUGAAGCUCGCAUUCACGUCCGUCACAUCAGAGACCUGCUGAAGAGCCUAGAUCCAUCAGACGCUUAUAAUGGAGUGGACUGCAACUCCCUCUCGUUCCUCAGUGUCUUCACAGAUGGAGACCUUGGAGAUACUGGGAAACGCAAAAAGAAGGGCAAUGAACUUGAGCAGAUUGAUUGCACACCGCCUGAACACAUUCUGCCAGGCAGCAAAGAGCAUCCUUUAGUUCCCCUUCAGCCACAGAACAAAGACUGGAAGCCAAUGCAGUGCCUGAAGGUCUUGACCAUGAGUGGCUGGAACCCACCACCUGGCAACAGGAAGAUGCACGGAGACCUCAUGUAUCUGUACAUCGUGACUGUUGAGGACAGACACGUCAGCAUCACUGCCUCCACCCGUGGAUUCUACCUCAAUCAGUCCACUACUUAUACCUUCAACCCCAAGCCAGCCAACCCCAGCUUCCUCAGCCACUCUCUAGUGGAACUACUGAGCCAGAUAAGUGCUGCCUUCAAGAAGAACUUCACCGCUCUGCAAAAGAAGAGGGUUCAAAGACAUCCAUUUGAGAGAAUAGCCACUCCCUUCCAAGUGUACAGCUGGACUGCACCACAGAGUGAUCAUGCCAUGGACUGUGUGAGAGCAGAGGAUGCCUACACCUCCCGUCUGGGUUACGAGGAGCAUAUACCUGGCCAAACUAGAGACUGGAACGAGGAGCUCCAGACAACCAGAGAACUUUCUCGUAAGAACCUCCCUGAGCGCCUGCUGAGAGAACGAGCCAUAUUCAAGGUUCAUAGCGACUUUGCUGCUGCGGCGACGCGUGGCGCAAUGGCGGUGAUCGAUGGCAAUGUAAUGGCGAUCAACCCUGGAGAAGAGACGCGCAUGCAGAUGUUCAUCUGGAACAACAUUUUCUUCAGCUUGGGUUUUGAUGUACGUGACCACUACAGAGAGCUAGGCGGAGAUGCUGCUGCCCAUGCUGCCCCCACCAACGACCUGAAUGGGGUGAGGGCAUACAGUGCCGUGGACGUGGAGGGGCUCUACACCCUGGGCACGGUGGUGGUGGACUACAGAGGUUACCGUGUAACUGCACAGUCCAUCAUUCCUGGCAUCUUGGAGCGGGAACAGGAGCAGAGCGUCAUCUAUGGCUCCAUUGACUUCGGGAAGACCGUAGUGUCCCACCCCAAGUAUCUGGAGCUUCUGGAGAAGACCAGCCGCCCACUGAAGGUGCAGCACCACGCUGUGCUCAAUGAGAAAGACACCGCUGUAGAGCUUUGCUCCUCUGUGGAGUGUAAAGGUAUCAUUGGCAACGAUGGCCGCCAUUACAUCCUGGACCUUUUGCGCACCUUCCCACCUGACCUCAAUUUCCUGCCGGUGGAGGGUGAAGAGCUCGCCCCUGAGAGCCAGAAGCUGGGUUUCCCCCGCCAACAUCGCCAUCGCCUGGCUUGCUUGCGCCAGGAGCUCAUUGAGGCCUUUGUAGAGCACAGAUAUCUCCUCUUCAUGAAGAUGGCAGCACUCCAGCUAAUGCAGCAGAAAGCAAACAAAGACAAGACUGCAGCCCUGCAUGACACGAGCACUGCAGAUGCGGAGUCUGAAAGCAAGCCUCAGGCCCUUGAAGCAUCUGAGAAGGUUCCUGACGGCAUGCCAACCUCUCCAACAUCCUCUGAAUCCACUCUGACCCCUGAUGACUCAGAGGCAACGUCUGAAAAGUCUGCUCCUGAAAACCAGGAAGCCCCAGCAGAUCUGAAAUCGGCAAACACCAAUGGUACUCAUGAGUCUUCAGCUGCAGAGAAGCAGAAUGGAGGGUGUGAUAGUCUCUUGAAGGGUAAGGAAGCUGAUGAAAAUAUUCCUGGACUUGCCCAAGCUAAAGAGCUGGCUGAGUCCUUAGCAGCAGAAGAUGGAUCCGGUAUUGACCCCAAAAGUCGAGAGGUGGUCCUCAAUGCCUGUAAAGCUGUGGGCUCCAUCAGCAACACCUCUUUCGACAUUCGCUUCAACCCAGAUAUCUUCUCUCCAGGCGUUCACUUCCCUGAUGACAGCACUGAUGACAUCCAGAAACAGAAGCAGCUUCUCAAAGAUACUGCAGCCUUCCUAGUGUCCUGCCAGAUCCCCUCUUUUGUAAAAGACUGUUUAGAUCACAGCUCUUUGCCUAUGGAUGGAGCAACGAUGACAGAAGCCCUUCAUCAGCGUGGCAUUAAUGUGCGUUAUCUUGGUACUGUGCUGGAGUUUGUCGACAACAUGCCUGCAAAAGCACAAAUUGAACAUAUCUACAGAAUUGGAAUCAGUGAGCUGAUCACCAGAUGUGCAAAGCAUAUCUUCAAAACAUAUCUUCAGGGUGUGGAGCUCUCUGCUUUAUCCGCUGCCGUGAGCCACUUCCUGAACUGCCUCUUGAGCUCUUUCCCAGAUGCCGUGGCUCACCUCCCUGCGGAUGAGCUGGUGUCCCGCAGAAAGAGUCGUAAGAGACGUAACCGGGUCCCUGGUGGAGGGGACAACACAACAUGGGCCAGUCUGACACCUAGUGAGCUGUGGAAGAACAUUAACUCUGAGGCACAGAGCUACUAUCACUUCAGUCUACAAUGUGAAAGUGUGGACCAAGCAGUGGAGAAGUACGGCUUGCAGAAGAUCACCCUGCUGAGGGAGAUAUCACUCAAGACGGGCGUUCAGAUCUUGAUAAAGGAGUACAACUUCGACAGUCGCCAUAAGCCGGCCUUCACCGAGGAGGACAUCCUGAACAUCUUCCCCGUCGUUAAGCACGUCAACCCCAAAGCCUCUGAUGCCUUCCAUUUCUUCCAAAGCGGGCAGGCCAAGGUUCAGCAAGGCUUCCUAAAGGAGGGCUGUGAGCUCAUCAACGAGGCCUUGAACCUCUUCAACAAUGUGUAUGGAGCCAUGCAUGUGGAGAUCUGUGCCUGUUUGCGCCUUCUGGCGCGACUCAACUACAUCAUGGGUGAUCAUCCUGAGGCUCUGAGCAAUCAGCAGAAGGCUGUCCUGAUGAGUGAGAGAGUGCUGGGUAUUGAACACCCCAACACUAUUCAAGAAUAUAUGCACUUAGCUCUGUACUGCUUUGCCAAUGGCCACCUGUCCACUGCCCUGAAGCUGCUGUACCGCGCUCGCUACCUCAUGCUCGUGGUGUGUGGGGAGGACCAUCCAGAAAUGGCUCUGCUCGAUAGUAAUAUUGGUCUGGUGCUUCAUGGUGUGAUGGAGUAUGACCUGUCUCUGCGGUUCCUGGAAAACGCCCUGGCCAUCAAUUCCAAAUACCAUGGCCCACGAUCCCUGAAAGUAGCUCUCAGUCAUCACCUGGUGGCCAGAGUAUAUGAGAGCAAGGCUGAGUUCCGCUCUGCCCUGCAGCAUGAGAAGGAGGGUUAUACCAUAUACAAGAACCAGGUUGGUGAAGCUCAUGAGAAGACGAAGGAGAGCUCAGAGUACCUGAAGUACCUCACGCAGCAGGCUGUGGCUCUACAGAGAACCAUGAAUGAGAUCUACAAGAAUGGAUCCAACGCUAGCAUAAUGCCUCUCAAGUUUACAGCACCAAGCAUGGCCAGUGUUCUGGAACAGCUUAAUAUCAUCAAUGGCAUCAUCUUUAUUCCCCUCAGCCAAAAGGACCUGGAGAAUCUGAAGGCCGAGGUGCAAAGACGGCAGCUGAUGCAGAAUUCUGGGAAAAUCGAGGAACAGCAGGCCGGUCAGUUAGAGCUGGAUGACAAGCUGCCUGUGGAUGAUUAACAACUCCAUCCAUGCAGCCCCUCUCCAUACGAGGAGGACACGAUGCAGCAGCCAUCUGUUUGAACCCGUGGACCUGAGAACUGCGCUGUCUAAUCUAACUAAUUCACUUUGAAUAUAAUGGGGUGGGGAGAACCAGGAACAGGAGACAGUACAGAAAAAUGUACAGAGUGUAGUUUGUAGCUAUAAAGAGAAUGAAAGCAGUUUUACAUGUGCAAUUCAACAACACGAGCCCUCGAGUUCUACCAGAGGAAGCAGAUAGAAUGUGAGUUUGCACAGAUGAGGGUGGAGAUGACCAAGGAUGACCAUGACAUUUUAUACCAGAGCCUUAUCCAUCCGCCAUCCCCAUCUCUUUCCUUCUCAUCUGAGCCCAGGAUAACCACAAUCCGUCCCAAACCAACCCACGUGUGUAGAGAGAUCCUAAAAACACACAUCUCUAUCUGAAACUCAGGUGAUUUCUACACCGCGCACCAGAAGAGAGAUGUUCACCGUUCAGUUCAACAGAGAUAGACAUACAAGAAUCUUGGGCUUAAGAAUGUAAACUCUAUAGGUCUAGUCUCAGGACCGAAUGUUAGUAUUGUCACAUACGUUUUUUCUGUGCUCUCCUUGGCUGCUGCCUUUAGACAAAACCGGAUCGAUGCAACUUUACAGAUGCGAGUUCUCAACCAAUGAUUUUAGAUCGGUGGCGUCUGUAAAACAAGGAAUCUUUUUGUAAAAGAACAUGAGAAGCCAUUUGAUCUUUCAUGUAAACGUUAAUUUAAGCCAUGUCUGUUUUAUAGAAAUACAUUGGGAAGCUGUAUAAAGCUUUGUCAUUGGGGUUAGACAGGUACUUGAUUCAUUUUGAUUGAAAUACUGAUUUAAAAUGUCCAUCUUGAAUUAGACUGUUGUGUUAACUCUUUUUCACUUUAAAAGUGUGUAUGUGUGCAUGUUAAUGUAUGUAUGUCUCUUUAUGGUUGUCCAUGCUGGCGCAGAAAUUGAUUCAGAGGAUUCCUCCAGAGCUGCUGCAACAGAAUAAUAUCAUGAUGAUAUUUUUAUACAUACAUCAUUGAUAACAGAUGGACUCGUGCAACCUGUUAAGAUGAUGAUGGUGAAAAAGUGCUACUAAUAUUGUGGUUUUCAAGAUCUGAUCAGUAUUUUCUCUAGAAUAUUUUAGCACAAGGUUCAGGAACCUGUGAGACUCAUGUUUUGUUCCUCCCUAGAGGUAUUUUUUGCACUUUCCAGUGCCGGGUUUUUGUGUGGUCUCAUAUAGGACCACCAAAAGAGGAAUAAGAUGGGCUGCUUCGCUGCAACUUACCAAAAAAAAAAAAAGAUCAAGGAUGAUGUGUUUGCUUGUGUACAUGCUGUACUGUGUGUGUGUGUGUCCUGCAAAUGUUGUGCUCAAACUGUAUGAAGCAAUAUGCUGGAACUAAGUGCACCUUGGAUUAUGCACAUGGAUGCAACAAAACUGCUAGCUUGGUUGUAUUUCCCUAUAAAACAAAAACUACAGUUUUUAAAAAUUGGUUUGACUAUGAAAAGUGGUGGGGAAAAAGCGAUGUAACUGGUAGUUGAUAUUUAUGAACAAUAAUAUGUAAUUAUGUGUGAGAUUUGAGCCUGUUUAAGCUUAUAUAAGUCAAAAGAUUGGGCAACUGUAUUUCUUUUAUAUCUGCGUAAUCAUUUAUUGAUGGAUUUUGCAAUCCGAAAGCUUGGAUGUUGGACAGAAAUCAUUGAAAAUCUACUUCAGUACCCUUAGGUGCCACAUGGAUGUGCUGUAGUCAAUAUAUUAACUCUCAUAAUGGACAUAAACUCCAUUUUUGAUGAAUUGCGUUAGAAUACAUGAACUAGGUUUGAAUCAAAACGUUGAAUCUGGAGUUCAAUAGGAUCUUAAAUAUUUUUGGUGAUGGUGAUGGUGAUAGCUUAGUGGUUAAAGUUCUAAGUUUUGGAACAGAUGCAUCACAAGUUCAAUGUGGAGUAAGCGUGACCUUUGAACUGAAGGGUUAAUGAGAAAAUCCUGUUUCUAGUUUGUCCUUGAGCCAGGCACUUAAUCUCAGGUUUCUCCUGGGCUUUGGUAUAUAAAAAAAUAAGUAACCAAUCUGCAGUUAAGAAUGCUAAAUAUGAUCUCAAUUGAAUGUACUCAAGCUUCCAUAGUUGCACAUCUCAUAGUGAACAAACCAGUGGAUUCAAACAGUGUUUUAAAUUUAACCACAAAAGGUAAUUUUCAUAAUAAUAACCAAAUCUGUGUUCAUGUUAUGUAGCAAAGCAACAUGUCAAUUCAAGAUUUCAAUAACUGCUUGCAUGACAAACCAAUAUGAUGUAAUCUAGAUGUGUAGUAUUUUUAGAAAGGUUUGGGUUUUAUUGACAACAAAGAUGCAGAAAUAAAAUAGCAGUUAUUUUUGUUAAUUUUACUUUUUGGAUUAUAAUCUUUAAUUUGAAAGAAUGUCUUCCUCGGUAUAAUAUUCUUCAAAUUUCAGUUUAAUCACAAAUGUGAAUUGUUUCUGUGUGAAAAGACAAAGAAAUUGAAUUUUUAAAUUUUAAAAUCGUUGGG